AUGCCACCAAUCGCCCUCACCUACCCACACGUCGAAGAUUGUCAAAAGCGCAUACGGGCCUUCUUCGUGGGAGUCUGUUUGAUAGACACUUCCAGAGCGAAGCUUGUGUGGUUAGACAAUGGUCAUCCGGUCUAUGCAUUUACCAGGGAAGAUCUUCCCAGCUGGUAUCUGACUAUCGCCUCAGAGUCUCCGGAGGAGAUUCGCUUUAUCAUCAAGCUUGGUCCUGAAGACGGGAGAGAGCCAUCGAUCGUGUUUUAUCUCCAAGGUCCCCUUAUAGGGCUAGGGUUUCUCAAAUUCGAUGCAGUUGAUGCUUGGUUUGAAGAGGAAGAACAGAUAUUCGUCCACCCACGGGAUCCAUAUAAGAGGAUCGAUGUACUGCAAUCUUCGAGACAUGUACGCAUUGAGGUGAAUGGCAUCGAGAUAGCUAACACUCGUUGUCCAAUAAUGUUGUUCGAAACUGGACACCCGAUGAGGACGUAUAUCCCGAAGACCCACACCCGUCUUGACCUGUGGGUGCCUUCCGGACACCAAACUACGUGCCCGUAUAAGGGAGUUGCGACACACUUCAAUAUCGUUUUAUCCUCAGGAGAAACGUUCGAAAAUGUUAUGUGGUCUUACACCAAUACGACCUCAGAAAGCGCCAAUAUAAAAGGGUUAGUAGCUUUUCUCGACGAGAAAGUGGAUGUUUGGAUAGACGGAGAGCUUCAAGAACGCCCAGAACUCCCAUCAACUCCCCAAAUUGUUCAAAAAAACACGAAACAGUUCGCAGAAAACUUUUAA